AUGCGCACGACGCGCAAGGUGUCGGUAUGGCCCGUGGGGCUGGUGGGAGGACGCCGCUACGAGCGCCCAGUGGUGGAGAACGGCAGAGUGGUCGGCUGGUACACGGGCUGGAGAGCAGACAGGCCCUUUGCCAUCGACAUGGCAGGAUUUGCCGUGAGUCUCCAAGUGAUCCUGUCCCAUCCAAAAGCCGUGUUCAAGCGCCGCGGUUCUCAGCCAGGAAUGCAGGAAUCGGAUUUUCUGAAGCAGAUCACAACAGUGGAGGAGCUGGAGCCGAAAGCGAACAACUGCACAAAGGUUCUUGUAUGGCACACGCGGACAGAAAAAGUGAAUCUGGCCAACGAGCCAAAAUACCACCUGGACACGGUCAACAUUGAGGUGUGA